GUCUCACAAGCCACGAGAGCGAGAACAAAGCGAACGUACAACAUGCUGAGCACACCACAGCUGAUGAAAGCCAUCAAGUAAUGGACGCGGACGAACAGUUGUUGAGAUCUUUGGGCUACCAGCAGGAUCUGAGUCGUAACCUAUCAAAAUUCUCGAACAUGGCCAUUGCCUUUUCUUGCUGCUCAGUUCUAUCAGGUCUUACUCCUAUGUGGGGUACCGCCAUGUAUGAAGCUGGCUCUAUGUCGGUCAUUUGGGGUUGGUUCGUCACAACGAUGUUCACAAUUUGCGUUGCGGUGUCUUUGGCGGAGAUUUGCAGUGCUUAUCCUACUACGGGUGGUCUGUAUUUCUGGGUGAGUCGACUUGCUACUGCCGACUGGGUUCCUCUUGCCUGCUGGCUCACUGGAUGGGCCAACUGGAUGGGUUUGGCAUUCGCUAUCACUUCUGUCGAUCUUGGUCUGGCUCAGUUCAUCGGAUCAGUUAUCAAUAUUUGGCAACCUGAAGUUGACACCUCAGUCUAUAUGGAAUAUGGCAUCUUCGUUGGCAUUCUUAUCAUUCACGGAAUUAUCACAUCUGUUGCUGUUAGAUGGAACGGUAUCAUGAACCAACUUUCUUUCUGGUUCAAUAUGCUUGGUAUUUUACUCAUUGUCAUCGUCGGUUUGGCCCUUACACCUAAUAAGGCAUCUGGUAGCUGGGUGUUCACAAGCGAGUCUUUCCAGAACAACUCUGGCUUUGCAUCCGACGGCUAUGCUUUUCUCCUUGUCAUUCUUCAAAGUCAAUAUACCCUCUCUGGCUACGAUUCAGCCGCCCAUAUGUCUGAAGAAACAAAGAACUCCCAAAGUGGCUCGCCAUUUGGUAUGCUUUUCUCUGUCAUUGCCAACGGUGCCAGUGGUUUCAUCUUCUUGAUCGCAUGCAGCUUUAUGGUGCAGAACUUCGAUGCUCAAAUCACCAAUGCUACUAUCCUUCCUGAAUUGGCUCAAGUCUUCCAUGACGGUGUUGGCCCUGCCUGGACUAUGGUCUUCCUCAUCUUUGUCAUGGGUUCCAUCUUCUUCUCUGGUUCCGCUUUGACUCUAGGAAGUUCUCGUAUGGUUUAUGCUUUCUCCCGUGAUGGUGCUAUGCCUUUCUCCAAGAAACUUCACAGCCUCAACGAAAAGACCAAGUCUCCUGUCUGGGCUGUUUGGUUCAACAUUGUUGUUGCUGGUCUUCUUGGUCUUCUCUUCAUCAUCAACAGCACUGCAUACACUGCUAUUGUCUCCGUUAACACCAUUGGUUCUCAACUUUCUUACUUCUUCCCUAUUCUGCUUCGCAUCACCAUUUCUCGUAAGACCUUUGUUUCUGGUCCCUGGAAACUUGGUGCUUUCGCCGUUCCUCUUGGUGUUAUCUCCUGCAGCUGGCUUCUCUUUACCUGCGUUCUUUUCAUUCUGCCCACCGUCGCUCCUAUCGAUGCUGAGAACAUGAACUACGCUAUCCUUCCUUUCGUUGUCAUCAUGGGCGCUUCAACAUUGUACUACUACUUGUUUGCCCGAAAAUGGUUCACUGGACCAGUUCGUGUCGUCGAUGGCGAACAAGUCAUCCUCGAAGAAGAAGACCUAGAUGCUGUCACCACAGAAAAGCAGCAUCAAUAAUUUGAUUUUUUAAAUGCCAUUACGGCCUUAAGUUUGUAAAUAAC